UACACAGGGGGAUAAACACGUACUUUGUGUAUGUGCCGUAACUGUUGUAUACUGUCGGUAGUGUGAUUACAUCCUCUACGCGGGGGCGGCUAGAAACAGGUUCAUAGUAUGGUCAUCUCUACUAUGGGUGCUGGCUAAUUGUAAUCGGGCGGACGCAUGUAAAAGCGUCUUAAAUCAAAGCUCAAAUCCAAGGUGGAACAGCAUAUGCCGAGGGAUGAAUGGCCAUGGAUAGUUGGUCUUUAAUAUGCGAACUCUGGAUACCUGUCGACCUCCAGUUUGAAUUUAGACUUCUCACGAUAAACGGGCUAUGUCGUGUGUGACCUUCCAAUAUAAAUAAUUUUUGUAUGGAUAAAUUAAAUAAUACAAAUGAGCUUGAUGUCACUCUAACGGCAUCAUCUUCAAAUGAUUCCUUUACGGAAUUAUCUGUAGCUGAGUGUAUGCCGGCCACUGGGCUGGAAGCCUCCACCCAUUUCGACAGCGCUACUGUGUGCGUCAAAAUGGACCCGGACGGGCCACCGUCUACUUCUCCGCUUGCGGAAACGGUGUACGCACCAGCAGUAACUUCGUCGCGAUCUCAGGUAAGGCGGCAGGAAAUUAUUGAGGUUUUGUCUUCAAAUUCCAAAGCCGUUGAAUCUGGUGAUUACGACACCGGCAGUGUGGUAUCACAAAAAUCCAGUUUAACUGUCGUUGGCUCCAAAGUUGGCAACCUCACUUUGGAAUUCUCAAAAUUUACUCACUUUAAAAGAAGUGAGCGAAGAAGGUUUAAGGCGGCCAUGUCUUCAGGCCAUAGCAGGGCAGAGGCUCUUAAAAUUGCUAUGCAACAUCCGCCUGCGAACAAGCGGGUCAGAUCGGAGGAGCAAUCCCCCGGUUUGUUUCCCGCCAAAAAACACAAGGUGGCUCACGUGGGGCUCACCAAGCCAUCGUACAGCCUAGCUGUUAAAGGCGUACGCUUAGGCUUCACGUCGGCCGAUUCGGCUGGCACUUCGCUCUCUACAGAGCAAAUUACGCUUCUCCAAGAAGCCAUUAUUGAUGUUGCUAUUGAGCAACACAACGACGAAAUACAGCCGGAGUUCGAAGGGUGUUUACCUAGAACGGGGUGGCUGCUUAUCGUCUGCAGUGAUACAAAAACUGCGAAGUGGGUCAAGCAAUUUUCAGGCCACAAACGCGGACUCGCUAUAAACGCGGUAGAGGAAAAGGAUUUCCCACGAACUCACGUCGUUCGUGGCUAUUUUCCUCAGAGUUUGACACUGUCAAACGAAAAAGUUCUGGCUACCAUUGGUACCCAGAACAAAUUCUCCACCAAGCGGUGGAAGGUGAUACGUAGGCUGACGCAGGAUCAGAUGCUUCACCUAGUCUUCGUCAUUGAUGACGAAUCUAUGAGAAAGUUAUCCGAACUUAAAGGUAGGAUUGCAUACCGGUUCGGACACUUGAGAUUGAUGCUAAAGGGAACCGCCCCCGCUCAUUCUCACCUCAUAGAUAAUACUCCAAAGGUGGUUCAGGAUGAUAGUACUAUCCAAUCAUCCUCGGCUUCGGCAGCAUGCCUUACGGAUGUUUGCCCAACAGUGACUGUUCCUGAGGAAGAGGAACUAGACACACGUCCCUCCACAAGCAAGGCUGUGUGCUCUGCCAGUGGGCGUGCUGUUCAGAUUCCCACCUCGGUAACAAAGUCCACAAUGCCCUCCACGGGCACGGCAACUGUAGCAGGUAAACCACGGACCGCUAUCAAUAAAACACCUUUAAUCGGUAAAAUUUUACCGAAGCAAUCAAAGGGUGAUAGGAAUAAAGGUUCUCGACGAGACAAGCGUGAAAGUCUCGUCCGUAAGUCUCUUAACGAGACAUAAUGAGCGCUCUUGAAGUGCUUCAGGCAAAUCUGCACCAUGCUAAGGGAGCAUCGGCCACCUUGUGCAGAAUUGCCCAAACCAAUAACAUCGCUCUAGGAUUUAUCCAAGAGCCGUGGGUGUUUGAUGGCCAAAUACGGGGUCUCAACACAUAAUCAGAGACCUAGCAGCGGUUCUAGUCGAAGUCCCACCACUAGGAGGGGCCACAGAUAUAGUCAUGGCCUCUGCCUACUUCUCAGGUGAUGAAGUAACCAUUCCACCAUCGGAAGUCCAGCAGCUGAUCAACUUCUGCAAGUCCACUGGGCGACAGCUAAUCUUGGGCUGUGACGCUAAUGCCCACCAUACAGUGUGGGGGAGCAGCAAUGAUAACAA